AUGGACGAUCUUGACCUACUGAUCACGAACGGUAUCGUCGUCACAGCCAGCGACGAAGCAAAACUUGAUAUCGGUAUCAAGAAUGGCAAAAUUGCUAUACUCGCACCUCAAGGCUUGCUGAACACUGCCAAGAAAGUUAUCAAUGCUAAAGGUGGCUAUAUCACACCUGGAGGUGUCGAUACACACGUACACCUUGAAGAGCCUGCAUUGUUUGGUGGCAAGGGGCGAAGUUCUGAUAAUUUCGAAACAGGUACAAGGUCCGCGAUAUGUGGAGGCACGACCACGAUUGUGGCAUUCGCGCCACAAGCAAAGACCGAGGGGUCACUUCUUAAAGUGCUAAAGGAGACUCACGAGCGAGCUAGAGGGAAUUGCUAUGCUGACUAUAGCUUUCACAUGCUCUGUGGCAAUCCCUCCGAAAAAGCAUUAUCCGAGUUCCCGGAGCUGCGUAGGCAGGGUAUCUCUUCGCUGAAAAUAUAUCUUACAUACGAGGCGUUACAACUACGUGAUGAUCAAGUCCUUGAUGUUCUAUACAGCUCGCGCAAGGAAGGCUUCACAACUAUGAUCCAUGCCGAGAAUGGUGACGUGCUAAAUUGGAUGACGAAAAAGUUGGAAGCUUUGAAUCUGGUAGCACCAAAAUAUCACGCAACGUCGCGUCCGCAACUCGUGGAGACAGAAGCAACAUAUCGUGCCAUAAUGCUUGCAGAACUCAUGGAUGCACCGAUACUAGUCGUUCACGUGUCUUCACCUUCAGCUGCAGCACAUCUGCGAAAUGCUCAAACACGAGGUUUGCCUGUUUAUGCUGAGACGUGUCCGCAGUACCUCUUCUUGACACGGGAAGACCUGGACAAACCCGGUUUUGAAGGUGCGAAGUGUGUGUGCUCGCCUCCACCACGAGAGAAUAGUGGUGACCACGACGCGAUCUGGCUUGGCUUGUCCAACGGCACAUUCACUGUGCUGUCCUCAGAUCAUUGUCCAUUUGACUAUGAGAACACGGAAAUAGGUAAGAAGAGUACUCUAUCAGUAGAACACCCUAAUGGGAAAUUCGCGCACAUUCCUAACGGACUACCUGGAGUUGAGACACGACUCGCAACUGUGCUGUCAGCUGGACGUCUGUCAAUGCAGAAGUUCGUCGAGGUCACGAGCACCAAUGCGGCCAAGCUAUACGGGCUAUAUCCUCAGAAAGGAAGUAUUCUACCUGGUGUAUCAGAUGCUGAUCUGGUCAUCUGGUAUCCGUCUCAGGGCAAAGAUGGCGCGCUGACGCCGUUCACUCUGACGAACUCGAUGCUGCACCACAGGUGUGACUACACUCCCUAUGAAGGACAAGUUCUGACACAGUGGCCACGGUAUACGAUCCUACGUGGUGAAGUUGUAUAUGAUCAUGAAGGGGAAGGCUUGCAAGGUAAGAAAGGAUCUGGUCAAUUUAUCGCACGUGACAAGAGCUCCCUGCCUGGUCCGCGAAAGCCUGGAGAUUGGGACAUUAGUUCGUUCUGA